AUGGGACGGUCCUCCACUAUCAAAAAGGCCAGCAGAUUCGAUGUUCUGUUGCUUGGUGAUUCAGGUGUGGGCAAAACAUCAUUACUCAUGCGGAUGAUGGACGAAAAGUCCAUAGAGUUAAAGAAAACAUCAAACACCGCUGGACCUGAGUGUGUGGUAGAGACAAUGUUGCCUGAUACCUGUAUAAGACUUAACAUUUGCGAUAUUCUCGGACAAAAAUGUUCAAUUCACCUGCGAACAUAUUACAAAAAUUGUCAAGGUGCACUACUCGUGUACGAUAUACAGAAUCGAAAGAGCUUUGAAAGGGUUCAGGAUUGGGUUUUUACCCUCAGAGAGGAGAUUUCAUCAGAAUUGGUAAUCGCUUUGGCUGGCAAUAAAGUGGAUAUGGAAAACAAUCGGCAUGUGUCGAAAGAAGAAGCUAUACAAUUUGCAACUGCGCAUAACUGUUUAUUUUUGGAGACAUCUGCAAUGAGUAAUGAAAAUGUGUCAUACACUUUCAAAGCGAUUGUCUUGGCACUACAUAAUCAGCAAGAAGAACGCAAUAAGGUUGCAAAAAACCAAGUAUCCAGCAAUGAAGUUGACCCCGAUCCUGAGGGGAGGAAGAAGAAGCGAGGACGCUAUUUUUUUCCUUGCUCCAACUGUUAAACAAUUCAUUAUGCGAUAUGGCAGCACCAUGUCUCGUAUGCUUAUUAAGUUGGCUGCACUUGCGGUCGGCAUAAAUAACAGUGGUGUCAUAUCCGCUUUUUCCGUCAGAUUUGGAUUUUUUUUGAAGUGUAAUUGCGGGAAAAAUAUGAAAACAGCGGGCAGCGGGAAUUCUGGCUUUUUGACCAAAUUUAAGCACCUUUUUCUUUAGUUUACUUUUACUCAAAUUUUAGUGAUGUUUAAAUUGAAUUUAACAGCUGAAAUAUUAAAAAUAUUUUUCUAGCGACAAAAUAUCGAUACUUUUACUUGUAUCAA